CGAAUUUCUGUUAUAACUACACAAAAUUGGACAGAGCUCAAACUCUCAAAUACGACAAACUAGAAACUACCUUAGAAUUGACUCUCCAAACUUGAGAUGUUCAAAGUAUACGUAGCAUGGUUUAUGCAACUUGUGUAUCCUGCUUUUAUUUGUAUUAUAUCGACAGGAUGGAAUUCGGUAUCUUGUGCUAUUUAUCUUCCUUCCAUUUUGGCCACUGUCGCAGAGUUUUUGUGUUUUUUAUUGUUUCCUAUUAGUUUGACUAAUGGAAAACAUCUUUGUUUUAUAAUGAGAGUCCUUGCAAGUACUUUUAUGUGUGUUUGGUGGUUGCAACGUCGUUUGUUCCAAACAACUAAUAUCUUUCAGUAUGUCCAUAUUUGGAGGAGUUUAACUCUUGGAUUUUUUGGCUUUCUAUUAUGGGUUGCUCUCCCAUCUUUAUUAUAUUUUAUAGGUUUACAACGAUAUCAAAGGCCACAACCAACCAAUGAUAGAGUUCCAUUCAACUGGAAUCCUUCUCUAAUGAGUUACAACCUAUCAGUGAAAAUGAUUCUUCUUGGCAUGAAAAUAGUUCAUUCCGUACUAUUGGUGCCCUUUAUUGAAGAGAUUCAAAUAAGGAAUUUAGCAUUUCGUUUUAUGACACGUUGGAUAUGUGGUCAGUCAUCAUCUACAGGACGCAGUGACUGGGUCCUUGAUGUUUCACUGUAUCGAUUUUGCUGGCCUUCCAUUAUAAUCAUAUCUCUAGGAUUCGGUUGCUGCCAUCUCAGAUAUGAGUUUGAGUGGUUGGCUGGAUUUCUUUAUGGAGUGAUGAUUCAGGUCGUUGCUGUGAAAGACAAGAGUGUCGUGAACGCUGUUUUGGUCCACAUAGUUACCAAUCUUUGUUUAAAUGUUUAUAUUUUCAUAUCUGGUAACUUUUAUUUGUGGUAGCUAUACUUAGGAAUAGGUUUUAAUGUUGUUGCGUUUUUCAAA